AUGGCCAUAUCGACGCCAUUCGACAGCGUUUUUCAACUCCAUGACUUGGAUACUCCUGAUGACGAACAGCAUCGGGACGAUGCUCCGGGCAUAUUCCUCCGGCAACUAUUGGUUCCUGGGUUUCAUCCUGUAUAUCUACUCCAGUUUGUUCUUUUUGGAAUGCUGCUACUGCGCGUAUCGCCGGCUGCCACGCGGCCAGAAAUCACCCCGGAAGACCCUCCUGGGAGUUGCGAUUUGGUGCUUGCUUUCGGCGCCACCGUGUUCUACGGGUACUUCAUCCAUGAUGAUGAAGCUGAUGAGAAAUGGGAUGAAAAGUGUUGCAAUGGUAAAGCUACAUCCGGUGACUCAGAGAUGAAAUUCAGCGGUGGAUAUGAUGAAAUUGUUUUUCAGAGAGUGUAA